AUGGCAACCUUCAAGGAACAGGAAUUUCGUGGCUUGGUCCCCCUCAAGGAUCACGAUCCUGAACUUUUUGAUUUGAUUGAGCAGGAAAAGUCGCGUCAGUGGCGUUCAUUGGAGCUGAUUGCCUCGGAGAAUUUCACUUCCAGGGCUGUCAUUGAGUGCUUGGGAUCUGCCUUGACCAACAAGUACGCUGAAGGUCUCCCCCAUGCUCGUUACUAUGGAGGUAAUGAAGUUGUCGAUCAAAUCGAGGAGCUCUGCCAAAAGCGUGCCCUCCAGGCGUACGGAUUGGACCCCGAAAAGUGGGGAGUUAAUGUCCAACCUUACUCUGGUUCCCCUGCCAACUUUGCCGUUUACACGGGUCUUUUGAAGCCUCAUGAUCGAAUCAUGGGAUUGGAUCUCCCCAGUGGUGGACACUUGACCCAUGGAUUCUACACAUACUCCAAAAAAGAAAACACUCGUAAGGCUGUUUCCGCCACCUCGGUCUACUUUGAAUCGUUGCCCUACCGUGUGCACCCCGAGACGGGAUACAUUGAUUAUGAUCAGUUGGAGAGGGAUGCCUCCCUGUUCAAGCCGGCCAUGAUUGUUGCUGGGUUCUCGGCUUAUCCCCGUGACCUUGACUAUGAAAGGUUCCGUCAGAUUUGUGACGCCAACGGCGCCCUCCUCAUGAUGGAUAUGGCUCACAUCAGCGGUUUGAUUGCUGCUGGAGAACUCAAAUCCCCUUUUGAUCUCUGCGAUGUUGUGACCACUACAACCCACAAGUCCCUUCGUGGACCUCGUGCCGGUAUGAUUUUCUUCCGCAAAGAUGAACGUGGAUUUGAAGGAAAGAUCAACCAGGCUGUCUUUCCCGCCUUGCAGGGUGGUCCCCAUGAACAUCAAAUUGCUGGAGUUGCUACCCAGUUGAAGGAGGUCCUCACCCCCGAAUUCAAAGUCUACGCCCAACAGGUCAAAAAGAAUGCCCAGGCUCUGGCCAACAAACUGACAUCUUUGGGAUACUCCAUGGCUUCGGGCGGUACCGAAAAUCACUUGGUUCUGUGGGAUCUCAAGCCUCAGGGACUCACGGGAAGCAAGUUUGAAAAGAUUUGCGACGCAGCCUGCAUUACUCUCAACAAAAACUGCGUCCCUGGAGACAGGUCCGCUGUUACACCCGGAGGUGUCCGCAUUGGAGCACCCGCCUUGACAACCCGCAAGAUGGUGGAGGCCGAUUUUGAACAAAUCGCCAUGUUCCUUGACGAAUGCGCCAAGAUUGCUCUCAAGCUUCAGGAGAAGAGUGGACCCAAGUUGAAGGACUUUGUGGCACUUUUGGAUGGAAAUGAAGAAGUUGCUGCCUUGAAAAAGAAGGUCAAUGACUUUGCUACAUCCUUCCCCAUGCCUGGAUUCGACCCCAAGGAAAUGAAGUACCAGGAUCCAUCUGGCCCCCCUUCCAGUGCAUAA